AUGGCGGAUUUGAACCAGGAGUCGCUGCUGGCGCACAAGCGCACGUUCAUGGAGUUCCUCGACCCCGAGAACCCCAAGGCGCGCUACAUGCAGCGAAUCAACACAAUGGUGGACGCGGGCAAGCACCGCCUCCUGAUUGACCUCUCGGACCUCCGAUCCUUCGACCCGCACCUCGCCCGCAGGCUCAUCCGCACGCCAGGCGAGCUCUACCCAGCGCUGGUGAGCGCAGUGGAGGAUGCAGUGAAGCUGGCGCACCCCAAGCACCUGCUUGAGUCUGCAGCCACGGGCGUGGGGGGAGGCGAAGUGAGCGUGGGGUUUGAGGGGCCGUUUGGGUUCCACCAGCUGUCCCCCCGCGAGCUGCUCUCGCCCUUCCUCAACUCGCUCGUCUGCGUGCACGGCAUCGUCACCAAGUGCUCCUCCGUGCGACCCAAGGUGGUGCGCAGUGUGCACUACUGCCCGAACACGGGGGCCUUUUCCUCUCGGGAAUAUCGAGAUGUCACUGCACUCACUGGCCUGCCUACACCUGCCAUCUACCCCACCAAGGACGACAAAGGCAACAUCCUAGUAACCGAAUUUGGCCUGUGCCGCUACCGAGACCACCAGGCGAUGGCGAUGCAGGAGAUGCCUGAGAACGCCCCGGCAGGGCAGCUGCCGCGUUCGCUGGACGUGCUGCUGGAGGACGACUUGGUGGAUGCAUGCAAGCCGGGGGACCGCGUGGCCAUAGUGGGCAUCUACAAGGCUGCUCCCAUGCGCGCCUCUGGCACCAUCAGCGGCACCUUCCGAACGGUGCUGGUGGCAUGCAAUGUGAUGCAGUUGAGCAAGGACGCGGUAGCUCCCCGCAUGACAGCAGCCGAUGUGAGGGCAGUGAGGGCGCUGGCAGCACGGUCAGACGCGUGGGGGGUGGUGGGGGAGUCCUUAGCGCCCUCCAUCUGCGGCCACGCGUGGGUCAAGAAGGCCCUGGCGCUGCUGCUGCUGGGGGGGGUCGAGAAGAACCUGCCCAACGGGACGCACAUCAGAGGUGACGUGAACAUGCUUAUGAUGGGAGACCCUUCUGUCGCCAAGUCGCAGCUGCUUCGAGCCAUCAUGCAUGCUGCUCCCCUUGCCAUCUCCACCAAUGGGAGGGGCUCCUCAGGCGUGGGUCUCACUGCUGCCGUCACCACCGACCAGGAGACAGGCGAGAGGAGGCUGGAAGCAGGGGCCAUGGUGCUGGCGGACAGAGGCGUGGUGUGUAUCGAUGAGUUUGACAAGAUGAGCGAUGCCGACCGGGUUGCCAUCCAUGAGGUGAUGGAGCAGCAGACAGUCACGAUCGCCAAGGCUGGCAUCCAUGCCUCCCUCAAUGCUCGCUGCAGCGUUGUUGCUGCGGCCAAUCCCAUCUACGGAUCCUACGACCACUCCAUCUCCCCCAUGCGCAACAUCGGCUUGCCCGACUCGCUGCUGUCUCGAUUCGAUCUUCUCUUCAUCCUCGUCGACCAGAUGGAUGCUGACGUGGACACCCGCAUAGCCAAUCACGUGCUCCGAAUGCACCGCUACCGCCUGCCUGGCGACGACGGCACGCUCGUCCCAGGGGAUAUACCCAUGGCAGCAGCACAUGCAGAGGAGGAGGAGGAGGAGGAGGAGGAAGAGGAAAGGCUCAUCAGGAACACUUUCCCUCCUGCUGCCUCUCCUUGUCCUCUUCCUCUUUUCCUUUCUGCCCUGGUCCCCUGUGCUGGCAUGCAGGCAGCAGAGAAGAUUGCACAGGCAUACGCGGAGAUGAGGGCUCAGGGCAUGGACGCGAGAAGGAGGUCGGAUCAAGGCACUCUCCCUGUAACGGCCCGUUCUCUCGAGACGAUGAUCCGCCUCUCCACGGCUCAUGCCAAGCUGAAGCUGCGACGAGAGGUGUUGGAGUCGGAUGUGGCAGCGGCAUUAAGCCUGCUUGACUUUGCUCUGUACCACCGCGAGCUGGAUGAGACGGACAAGCGGAUGGAGGAGGAGAGGCAGCGCGUGGAGCAGCAGCGGAAAGAAGCCGCUGCUGCCGCCGCUGCUGCCGCGGCCGCUUCUGGCGAUGGUGCUGCUGAUGGGGCUGGUGCUGCUUCUGCUGGUGCUACUGAUGGUCUGGGUGGAGCAGCAGCAGCAGCUGGGGGAAGGACGCGGCGAGGAGGCGGGCGCAAGACAAGGUCCCGUGGGAAGAGGCAACGCAGGGAUUCACAGGCGGAAGGGAGCGAGGAGGAAGAGGAAGAAUAUGUGGAGGAGGAGGAAGAGGAGGAGGAGGAGGUGGAGGAGAUUGAGAUGGAGGAAGCACCUGCGGCCGGGGUUCCACACUUGGGAGAUCCGGCACCUGCUUCUGCUGCCGAUGGGGCCUUUACUGCUGAAAGAUUCGAUGCCUUCCAGCUGGCGUUCAGUGAGCAUGCGGUGGCAGCGCGGGUUGAGUCGAUAGCAGUGGAUGAGUUGGCAGAGGUGGCCAACAAGCGAUGGCCGGGGAAGAGCUUCACUCGGGCUGAAAUCGAUGCCAUGCUGGAGGUGAGGUGA